UCAGGACAACUCUUCCAAAUGGCUCACGUAGGGAAGGAAAACCGGCAAGAAACGCUGCCCCUUCCAGGGACCUCUGCAGAGCCAGGACGGAAGGAAAGCAUAUUGCUUGCUGCAAGUGCUUUGGGCAGCAGUAAGAUCCCAGUGCGGUCCAAAGGCCGACUCCCGCCAGAGUUGAAGCCCUCGCAGCUGAAGCAGGCAUGUCCGUCCAGUGCGGGGAGCAAAGCAAUCCAGGCUGCCAAGGUGCCUUCCACAGGUUCAGUUCCUGGCGCUGCUAUUCUGGAAGCAGAAGCUGGGUUAUUGCCCAAGAGCCUUUCCAGAGGGCCCCUGGGGGAAAUGCAGCUGAGCACAUCUGGUCAUCGGAAUGUAGGCAGCGGGUCUAAUGGCAAAGGUAUCCAUCACACUGAGUUUGAGCCUGACCCAGCCGCUCUUGCCAGCAUAUUGUCCAACACGGGGCUGACUAACCACAUGGUGAGUGCAACCCACAAGCCCAGCCUGGCCCGACGAGUCCCUCUGAGAGGGAACAGAGCAUGCUCAGCCAGCAUUGGGACUGCCCGAGGCUCUCUGCAUUCAGGAGCUCCUGCAGCAAAUCUUGUUCGCACGUCUCACAUUUCCAGAUCAACUUCAAAAGAUAUGGAUCACCCACAGUCCUGCAGCCUGGCCUUGAACACUCAGCAGCUGAAGACAUUAUCAACUACAUUCAAGAGUCUUGGGCCUGGGGUGGAGCUGGCAAAGCCGAACCAACCAACAGAGAGCCUGGGAACAGGCAAGUGUAAAGACUUGGCAGCCAGGCCCAAGGCAGAAAGUCUGAGCAGCGUCACUGGGGCUGGCGUUGAGGUGUGCAGCGACUCCGCUGGGAGGAAGGACACCACAGGAACAUCAUGGAAAGAUGAAGACUUUGUACCGGACCUGGCUGCCAAAGCUAGCAUCCUGUUGAAUGUAGGCCUGAGCCAUUCCGCCCUUGGGGCCAACGGCAAGCUGAGCUUGGCCCAACGGGUGCCAGUGAAAGAGGUUCGGAAGCCACCCAUCAGUUGUGGCAGCACAAGGGGUGAAAAUGCCUUUCCGCUGGUGCCCCGGAUGAGCACUUCCUCAGCAGGGAAGUUUGGCCGUGUGUCCUGCCGUUCCACACAGGGGCUUAAAGGUCUGGAGAGGUCCGAGGCAUCUGGAGCCCAGCUUGCCAACACACCUGGCGACAGAUGUUCUGCUGUGGACUAUUCACCCUAUGGGCUAGCUAGGAGAGUUCCUGUUGCCUGCCCACGAUCUUUGCAUCGCAGUCCCUGGACAGGCAACCGGGUCCCUGUUUCUUCCUAUGCGAAGGACAAGAGGGUGGGUACGCAGCACCCAAUAGAGUCGGAGCAGGUUAAGUGUACGAGGUGGGCCACCCCAAAGGUGGACACUAUGGGCUCCAAACAGGAGGGCACUGCUGUGGCCUGGGAGAAGAUUGCUGUACGCCUCUUUGACGAAGAAAUGGCGGCGUCAGCGAAGAAAGUACACACUGUUCCUGUGAUCCCUCCAGGAAUGGAAAAGUUCCAGCGCAUUGAGCUCCUCGCCCAACUCUUGCAGCGGGAGAUGAAUGACGGUCUUGAUUGUGAUGUCGCCCCCUCGCUGGAGGAAUUGCACAAACUGUUGUCGGCUCACUGCUCGCCUCCUCCGGAGGCUCCCAAACCCGAACACACCACACUUCCGCAGGAUCCUGGACCAGAUGCCUGCAAGCUGGCCCCGGUGUCUACUGUUGCUGUAACACCUGGCCCCAGUGUCAAACCUGCCACCUCCAGCCAGCAACCUGUCUGUCCCAGCACCUCCAUGCAUUCACUCCAGCCCCCUUCAUCCCACACCGGUAGUACAGGCCAAGCCAAGCAGCGGCUGGACGACCUCCUCAGCGCGCCCCAGCGCUUCCAUGAGGCCUGCCUCAAUGACGAGUGCGCCUUCUACGCGGCCCGUGGCCCUUCUGCUACCCAACCCCCAGUGCAGCGAUGUAAGGACCCUGUGGCAAAAGCGCUGGAUGCUCAUGACGCCAUGCACUUUAUACCCAUCUCUGUGCCUCUGUCCCCAACACUCAUGGAAGGAGAGAGGUCUUCACCCUCAUGAAGGUCUGGGAGGUGACACCGCUUGUAGGACCAACUGCACAGACAGUGCACUCAUGUUCCUUG